AGUUUUCGAGGAUUCCCUGAACGCACCAUGACACUGGCAGCUAGCCUAGCCGGCUAACUUGGCUAAUCUGAUUUAUCGUCUCGGUUAAGCGCACGUAACGUUAGCUAGGAUUACCAACUUUAGUUUUCCAUAUCUGGCGUUUAACGCAAUAUCUAUCUGACACCAAAUAGACUCUCAUUUCAAGGAUGGCAUCGCUUGGGGAGCCUGUGCGGUUGGAGAGAGAUAUUAACCGUGCAAUUGAACUGCUCGAUAAGCUUCAGAGGACGGGGGAAGUGCCUCCUCAGAAGCUGCAGGCGCUGCAGAGGGUCUUACAGAGUGAAUUCUGUAAUGCUGUCAGAGAAGUUUAUGAGCAUGUGUAUGAAACAGUGGACAUCAACAGCAGUCCUGAGGUCAGAGCCAACGCCACAGCCAAGGCUACUGUGGCAGCUUUUGCGGCAAGUGAGGGACACUCGCAUCCACGUGUCGUGGAACUGCCCAAGACAGAAGAAGGUUUGGGUUUCAAUAUAAUGGGCGGAAAGGAGCAAAACUCGCCUAUUUACAUCUCACGGAUCAUCCCAGGAGGCAUCGCUGACCGACACGGGGGCCUGAAGAGAGGCGAUCAGCUGCUCUCCGUUAACGGGGUGAGUGUGGAAGGUGAGCACCACGAGAAAGCUGUGGAACUCCUUAAAGCAGCUCAGGGCACAGUGAAGCUGGUAGUAAGGUACACCCCCAAAGUCCUAGAGGAAAUGGAGUCCCGCUUUGAGAAAAUGAGGUCGGCGAAGCGCCGGCAACAGAACAACUAUCCCCAGUAGGAUUUCCCCAUGUUGAUGCCCAGCUCCCAUGUCUCUCCUCUUCUAGCCUUCCGGCCAUCUGUUCUGGUCUCUUUCUUAUCUUCCUGCCCGAAAAGCAUAACAAAUAUACCCGAGUUUAGUUUUAGUUUAUACUCACACUUACUGUAUAUUGUGCUUCUACCGUUUUCUGUAGCAUUUUUAAUAUUCACUACUGUUACUGUACUGGACACUACAACUCCAGGAGAAUACUAGAAUAAUUAUGAUUGUCACUGUAGGUGGUCACUCACACCUUGUGCAUUAUUUUUGAAUUGACAAUUUGAAUGCAACUUUUGAGAUCAACUUCAGAACUCCUUUGACUGGAAAGGUAGUGUUUUUAAUUCUUUUAUCACAGCCACUACCAAGUGCCUCAGGGCAAACAUGUUUAUCUCAUGUACUGUGUUCACGGUUCUACUUUUUUUUUUUUUUCUCUUUGAUCGUUUAAAGUCAAAAGUAAGAUUGGUUAUUAAAUGCUUGUGGCAGGAAUCACUACACACUUUGCAGCUGUUAUUUUCAAAGAUCAUUUGAUUUGUUAAACAUCCUGUAAAACGUGAUUGUGCAAACUAAAAAAAAGAUGCAGUUUUUUUUUUUAUCGCCACUCCACAGAUAUUUCUGUCAUAGGGAAGCUUUGGAGGAGUUUAUGACAGUUUGACUUAAUCAGAAAUAGUUGUAUAUUUGAUUAAAAUAAGGGAAACCACUGGAAGGACAUUCCUGAACAAAAGGGACGGAUUAUCUGUAAGGUUUUUGUUGGGCUUACCCUCGUUAGUUUUCUUAAUGUCAUGCCAUGUUAUAAAAAGCUCAGCGUGCACUGUGGGGUUUGUGAACUCUAGCAGGUUCUGUAAGUGGCGUAAUGGGGGCUCAGCAGUGCAUGAUCUAAAUUCUUGCUGCUACAGAGACUCUCAUUUUCACUUUCAUCAUCAGCCUUUAUAAACACAAACCCUGCAGUCAGCGUGACAUGAGAUGAAACCUGUCCAGCUACUGAUUCAUUUGUCUUGACGGAACGCCAGCUGCAAAACUCGAUGAGAAAUCAGUUACACAACACAUCUUUUCAUCUUUGAUAAUAUCCGCUCGUUAGCAUUGUUAGCAUCAUUUAGUGACAGUUUGAAGUGAAAAAUAAGACGUUCAUUAUAUCAAGCGAUCGCUUUAAGUCACAUAAUGCCUAAUGUGAGCACAGGUGUUGAUCUCACACAUGCUGUAUGUGGUCACUGCUUAUUCAUCAAGGCUUCACACAGUGUUUAGUGGCUUAUGCUGUAAAUGUAUUGCAUUGGCAUAUCAUUCGUUUUUAUUUUCUGUGCAUUUUUAACAUUUUCUUACUUAGAGUCUUGCAGAACAAAGAGUGUGUGUUAAAUGAAACAUUUACUACAUUUGAACUUUUCUAUCCUGGCACCAUUGACAUCUUUAACAGACUUGAGGUUAAUCUUACAGAUAAAACCAGUGAUGAACUGAAAAAUAUGUUAAAAUUUAAAUUACCACUUACUUUUAUUAUAUUAUGGUUGUAUUCCAUUGAAAGACUAGAUUAAGCCCACAGAUUUCAAUAGAUUAGAAAAGCAAUAAAUUGAGAUGUUUUGUAACGUGUCACUACAGAUUUAUCACCCUGCUUACAAAUUGUUGGCAUUUUUCAGUCGUCUUUGCUUCAUUAAAACCAACUAUUUAGUGGCACCCAUGUACUCUGUAUGUAAUAUAACAAACUGCACAUGAUGUAAAAAGGAGCGAUAAAGACAAACAUUUUAUCACUAAAUACUGCCAAACAGCUAUGUUGGUCUAAUCGGCGGUUUGAAGCAUCAAAAUGGUGUCAAUAACCCCGACACACAGUACUGUAUAUGUAGGCUUCACUCCUAUGUCCACAAAAACACCUAUGAAGAAAGUUUUUUAUAGUUUUUAAGUGUUUGUGCAUGUUUAGCUGUCUUAUUGAUAUUUCUUACAUCAUGAGAAAACUCUCCUGGAAUAUUAAUGGCUAAAAGAACAACAAUUCUGAUCUUUUUUUCAUUAAGAAGUCCCGAUCCUGUCAUUAUGCUUACAUACAAUAUGUAAAUCAAACAAGUCCACAAGUCAUGGGUUUCUGUAAAUUACGUUAAUCAAUAUAAAAUAACAAAAGAGUAUUUAGAAACCUCGCUUUGCUUUCCCAGUAAAGAGGAAAAAAUAGGUUUUGACUACAAAAUAUCCCUGUAAACAGUAGAACGUGUGAACAAGGUUUUAGCUGUGUAAGCCAUACUAUUGUCCAGUCUCAGGAUUGGUACAUCACAUAAUUGAGACAGGAGUUCGGUAGUGAUUCAUUAACUGAUGUUGAAAUUCAGUGGAUGGUGGAUAAAGUAACAGAAACACACAACAGAAUAUGAAAGCAGCACCACUUUAUCUUCGGCGCAGCUUCAGUCUUUCCUGCAAGUCCUGAACUAUUUGUCCUCUAAUGUUGAACCAGUCUGCAAAUAUUAUUUGCAUUUUGUGGAUAUUCAGUCAGGUGUGUCAGUUUGCAGGUGGCACAUAACUGUUAUUAUUAUAUGUUGCUCCAUAAUUACUAAUUACUGCUUUUGUGAUGUAGGUACUCUAGAGUUAUUCUUCACCUCUGUUGGUGUUUUUGCCAUUUUAUCCACCACUUCUAAGUCGCUCCAGCUAAUUCAAGUAUCAAUACUUUAGUUGAAAAAAUGUGAUAUUGUGUGCAUCUAACUGUAACCUUUCAGAGACAAUUGGCUUUAACCAUUUGGCCACCGCUAAAUGCAUCACUCUAAAAUGUUUUAUAAAGUCCCGAAUUGGUCACUAGGUACUGAGAAUAUCAGGUCAAAAUGUGGAAAUGAAUGGCUUUUUUCAUAUUAAGAAAAUGAGUAUCAAUUGAUGAUGAAAUUGCAAUUUUCUCAAUGUAAAAUUGGAGCAAACAAAUCACUCCUUGGCAUGUUGUUUUUUAUUUGUAAUAGUCUCUACAUGUAUCCAUUAUCACCCUUCAUGUCAACUCAAAACUCUGUUUUAACUGUAAGGUACAACGGCCAUAUUAUCUUUAUUUAUUGCAAGAAAAUUAUGAUACACGAUGAUGCUUGAUGCUCGAUGCUCCAUGUUAUCCAUGACUUCCUAUGAAAAAUGCAGAAUUUUAGGAAAAAGUAUGAUAAUAAAACACACACGGUACUGCAAAAACUGAAUGCAAAUCGAUAAUCUAUGCAAAGUCAUUUAAAACGUUUGGAAAUUUCCUGACAUGGUGCAAAAUCUUCAUCAUUUUACUGUAGAAUGUCAAUUGAGAACGACUUCUCCGAGGCUAUGUGGAGAAACAUCGAAUGUAAUUCGACAAUUUUUGGAAACGUCGCACUUAAGACACAUUGGAUUUACGUAACGUUGCGAGACAGUUACAAUGUUUUGAUAUUUCAACAUUCACAUAUUGAUCACUGUCAACUUGUUGCAGUGAGAAUUUCCCUGUGAUAACAGCCUUGCCAUUUAAUUAAUGAUUGUCAGGAUGCAUGUGGAACAAUAGGCUUAUGUGAGAUGUGGUUAGUAAUAGACCAUUCAUAGGCUACUUUGAGCUUUUUCUUUUCCUUUUUUUUUUUAUUUGAGGCAGAAAAUUUAGCAGAAGUGUCAAGAGUGUACAUAAAAGUCGAAAUGUCUUAAUAUAAUGUAUAGUUUGUCUCUUAAUUGUGUUUUAUCUCAAAUUAGCUGGUUAGAUUCACUGCUCUCUCACACACACACACAUAUUGUUCAUCAGGAAAAAAAAUGUAAUGAGACUUGUAAUUGAUAUUGCACACUCUCCACUGAAUGUCACUGACCGUCGUUUGACUUAGUUUGCAGAAUUUUGUGAAGUACCCGUCAACUUUCUACCCGUUUUUCCUUGUCUAUAUAUUGGAAUGGUCAAUAGAGUAUUUUUUAUAAUAGUUUUCUUUUGAUAUUUUUCUCAAUUUUUAUAAGUGAUUUUCCUAAAAAAGAAAUUCCAGGAAUGAUUGGUACUUCCAUUUUGGCUGUGUACCAGGGCCAUAUCAGCAAAGUCUCUCAGAAAAGCAGCACUGACGCAGGAAGGCGACUUAUUGAUCUUAUAUCUGUACGGACAUUGAGGCUGAACAGAUAAACUGGCCUGGAUCAGCGCUCUUUUCUGACAUCUGAACUGAUUUUUCUUUUCUUUCUAGUACCAAGACCAAACUUUCAACCUCUGUGAAAAUUUUGAUAAUGCUUUGAAACGUUUUAGUCAGUGCUUGUUUAGGAUUAUUACGUCGUAGAUUGUGUUGUUGUUAUUUUGUGUUCUCCGGUUUGUUAUCUGAUUUACUGUGUUACAUUGAUGUGGAAUGUAAAAUGUUGUGAUGUAGAACUUAAUAAUUGGACUGGAGGCUAAAUAAACAGUGCUUAAAUUAA